GUGCUCGUUGCACUUGCGAUUCGUCACUGUUUGGUGAGCUAGUCAAGUCUAGUUGUUUAGUGACGUGACGUCGUAGCAGUGUGCACGGAGUUGAAGGGAUAGCAGUUAUUGAAUAAAGUUGAUGAAUCGGAACAUCUGAAAAAUUCCACGGAGAAACGGAUAAUCAGGGACGAUCAUCAUGGCCGACAACGAACAGAAAGCAUUACAACUGGUAGCUGAGGCUGAAAGAAAGCUAUCGUCGUCGAGGAGCUUCUUCGGCUCUCUGUUUGGAAGUUCAUCAAAAGUUGAAGAAGCAGUAGAAUGUUAUCACCGAGCAGCAAAUAUGUUCAAGAUGGCAAAGAAGUGGAGUUCAGCAGGAAAAGCAUUUUAUGAUGCAGCAGAUUUGCAUGCCAAAGCUGGUAGUCGUCAUGAUGCAGCUAACAAUUAUGUAGAUGCAGCCAAUUGCUUUAAAAAAUCUGAUACAAAUGAGGCAAUCAGUUGCUUGUUAAAAGCUAUUGAAAUUUAUACUGACAUGGGUCGUUUUACAAUGGCAGCUAAGCAUCAUCAAAGUAUAGCUGAAAUUUAUGAAAGUGAAGCAGUUGAUUUGGAACGUGCAGUACAUCAUUAUGAGCAAGCAGCGGAUUAUUUUCGUGGUGAAGAAAGUAAUUCCUCUGCAAACAAGUGUCUUCUAAAAGUUGCGCAAUAUGCCGCACAACUUGAGAAUUAUGAUAAGGCUAUUCAAAUUUAUGAGCAGGUUGCCACCGCAUCAUUAGAGAGUUCCCUGUUAAAAUACAGUGCUAAGGAAUACUUCUUUCGUGCUGCAUUGUGUCACUUAUGUAUAGAUGCAUUAAAUGCUCAACAUGCUAUUGAACGUUAUCAGGAACAGUAUCCUGCUUUCCAGGAUUCUAGAGAAUAUAAACUGAUAAUGACACUGAUCGAACAUUUGGAGGAGCAAAAUCUUGAAGGCUUUACAGAAGCAGUGAAAGAAUACGACUCAAUCUCAAGAUUGGAUCAAUGGUAUACAACAGUAUUAUUACGUAUAAAGAAGCAAGUUAACGAUAAUCCAGAUCUACGCUGAUCAGUUUCUUAUUUACUCUUUUUUGGCAACAAUAUUAUUACUCUAACUCCAUGUAUAUUGAUUUUUAAAUCAUGCUUUAUUUUCUGUGAAAAUUAUUAAAUAAUUCCAUUUUUAUAUCCAAAUAUAAUCGCUCAUGUUGCUCCAUUA